AGCUCUGCCACGCUUUUCCAGGCUGUUGGGAACAACGAAGCGACCCCGCCCCUCUCUCUACCGUUUCGGCCCCGCCCCCAGCUCUGAACUUGCCGGGGUCCUUGGCCUCCGCCCGCGGGUUUUCCGCGGUUGCAGCCCGUGGGGCAGGCGGAGCCCGGGCGGAGCCUGAGAUUAUUUCAGGCUGUGCCCUGGCCAGGGCCAGGACUAAGGCGUCCUGUCCCGGACACAGACUCCCCGAGGGAAUGGCCCUGAGUGGCCAAGAAGACGCGGGAUAUUCCGAGGUCCCGUGACCUCCAGCAUACUCACUGGCCUGAGCCAGGGCAAUGCUGAAGAUGGUGACUUUCUUCCAAGGGCUUCCUGGCCAAAAGUCUGUGCCGGGGACCCUGGACUUCCCUGGAAGCCCCCAAAAGUCACGUUCCACAUCUGAGGCAGAAUCAGAGGCCUCCAUGUCAGAAGCUUCCUCUGAGGAUCUGAUGCCAUCCCAGCAUACUGGGAUGGCUCCAGAUGGGGAGGAAGAAGAGUCUGCAAAGAAGGAAAAGAAGAAGUCCAAAGGACUGGCCAACAUGUUCAGUGUCUUCACCAAAGGGAAGAAGAAGAAAAAGAGCCAGCCCAGAUUAUCAGAUCCUGAGGUCCAGCCCAAGUCCAGGCCUGAGCUAGAUGGUCCGCCGCCCACAGUGGAGGAGGUCAAGGAGGCCCUGGAGAGUGGGCGGCUGGAGACCGCGUGGCGGGUGCUGGCAUUGGAGCGGGAGCUGGAGGCUGAGGCAACUGCGGGUGGCACAAGUGACGAGGAGCUGGUGCGUCAGCAGAGCAAGGUGGAGGCGCUGUACUUGCUGCUGCGUGACCAGGUGCUCGGGGUGCUGCGGCGGCCGCUGGAGGCGCCGCCCGAGCGGCUGCGCCAGGCACUGGAGGUGGUAUCACAGCAGGAGCUGGAGGACCUUCGGGUGGCCACGGCACCCGCGGUGGCGGUGCUGGCGGUUACUCGCCCGCGGCGCUGGCUGCAACUGUGGAAGGGUGGAGUGGCGGAGGUGGCGGCUGAGCGUCUGGACGCACAGCCAGCCGCGGUGCCCGAGGGCCGCUCGGAGGCCGAGAACAGGUUCCUGCACAUGGGCCGCACCAUCAAGGAGGACCUGGAGGUGGUGGUGGAGCGGCUGAAACCGUUGUUCCCCCCUGAGUUCAACGUUGUGCACACCUAUGCCAAGAGCUACCACGAGCACUUCGCGGCCCACCUGUGCACCUUGGCGCAAUUCGAGCUGUGUGAGAGGGACACCUACUUGCUGCUGCUCUGGGUGCAGAACUUCUACCCCAAUGAUAUUCUGAACAGCCCUAAAUUGGCAACGGAGCUACAAGAUAUCAGGCUUGGGAGCCUCCUGCCCGCUAAGCAGAUCAGGUUGUUGGAGGCUGUGUUCCUGUCCAAUGAGGUGACCAACGUGAAGUUACUGAUGACCCGUGCUUUAGAGCUAGAGUCUCAGCGCUGGGCCCGGGAUGUGGCUCCCCAGAGCCUGGAUGGCCACUACCACAGUGAACUGACAAUCGACAUCAUCCAGAUCAUCUCACAAAGCCAGGUCAAGGCUGAGAACAUCACCUCUGACGUGGGGCUACAGAUAAAGCAGUUGCUACUGGUGGAGCUGGCUGCCCUGCUGAGGAGUUACCAGCGCACCUUUGACGAAUUUUUAGAGAAAAGCAAACUGUUGAGAAAUUAUAGGGCCAACAUCAUUGCCAACAUCAACAACUGCCUGUCCUUCUGGACAUCUAUGGAGCAGACGUGGCAGAUUCCUCAGGAUUCCCUGAGGUACCUGAUGGAUCCCUUGAAAGAUCUUAAGGCUCAUGGCUUCGACACCUUGCUCCAGAGCCUGUUUUUAGACCUGAAGCCACUGUUCAAGAAGUUCACACAGACCCGCUGGGCAACGCCGGUUGAGACCCUGGAGGAAAUCAUCGCUGCUGUGGGCGUCAGGCUGCCUGAGUUCUCAGAACUGAAGGACUGUUUCCGGGAGGAGCUCAUGGAGGCUGUGCAUCUGCACCUGGUGAAGGAGUACAUCAUCCGGCUCAGCAAACGGCGCCUGGUCCUCAAGACUGAGGAGCAGCAGCAGCAGCUGGCAAGGCACAUCCUGGCCAACGCUGACGUCAUCCAGCGUUUCUGCACUCAGAAUGGCUCCACCGCAACCUGGCUGAACCAGGCCCUCCCUAAGAUCGCUGAGAUUAUCCACCUGCAAGAUGCCAAUGCCAUUAAGAUUGAGGUGGCCACAUAUGCCACCUUGUACCCUGACUUCAGCAAAGGCCACCUGAACGCCAUCCUGGCCAUCAAAGGAAAUCUACUAAGCAGUGAAGUCAAGAGCAUCCGGAAUAUACUGGAUAUCAACACAGAGGUGCAGGAGCCUUCCAGGCCCCUGUUUUCACUUAUAAAAGUUGGUUAGCUUUUCCAAAUGUCUGAUGUGCUGGGGAGCACACAGCGGACACCAGGCACCACCCCAGUUAGGGAUGAUUCAUGGCACCGUGACCCACCGCCGACCUCCCUCGUUCUGCUGCUGCUCCUGCCUAGCCCUGACUCUGGAACAAGACCUGGCAGCCAGGAUUAAGCAUACCCCUGUCCAGUGGGGCCCAGAACCCACUGUGGGAAAUUAACCUGUGAGCACACAAGAAAUUUCUCGUAAAUGAUGGUUCAUCUUGGGCAGUCUGUCUCCUCAUGGCCCCUCCUUGGGUGGCUCCGAGUAGGACCAGUGAUAAAGCCUCAUCCUGCUUCCUUCAGCCCAUGGGCUGCAAUGAGAUAGAGCUGAAAACACAGGAAAAAGGAAAAGAUAAUCUCUGCAUCUGGAGCCUGGAAGGAGACUCGUGAAAUGCUGUGGCAGAGCCAGCAUCAGAACCACUUCCAUAGUGGCCCCUGACCCUGCAAGUAGCUCCUGGUGCCACUCAGCCGGGAGGGCCCGCUUCUUCACUCCCCAUAGGCUGCCCCUGUGUGUGUGUAUGUUUGGGGAGUGACCCAGAUGGUCUUGGUAGAGCCCAGGACCUCCUCGGUUCUCUCAGGUUGUGCCGUCCCCCACAUAGGAACAAGUACCUCUGUAGGUCCACCCUGUGAAGUCUGGACAGGAACACGGAGUCUACAGGUGCAUGAUAAGCUUCCUGUUGACCCUGUACCACAUUUUCACGCAUCGAGUGGGUUUGAACCAGUUCUGCAAACAGUGAGGUGUGACACAGGAUUGUAGUCUAAGUGUGGUCAGGGCCCAUUGCUUCUAGAGGCGCCAGGGAAGAAUCAUUUCCUGGGCUUUCCCAGUUUUUAGAGGCUACCCACAUCUCUUAUCCGAGACCCUUGUACCUUCAGAGCCAGGAACACUUACUAUUUCCCUCAUGCCACUGCGGUGUCUCCUGCUUCCAAUACUGCUGUGUUUAGGACCCCGUGAUUGCACUGAAUCUGCCUGGAGACUCAUUAGCAGCCUUGAGUCCAGCUGCCAAUUUAAUUCCUGUUUGCCAUGUCAUCCAAUAGUCAUUGGCUUUGGGGGUCAGUGGGUCCCACAGGGUUGACCCCUGGAAACCAGAAACUCGGUUUCCCAUCAAGCACCUGCUACUCCAUAGACCCUUCUCCUCUCUGGCAUGAAAGCCCUUCUCAGCACUGAGCCAGCCUUGAUUAUUCCUCAUGGUUUAAGGCUAGGAUUUGAAGUCCUUCCUCCAGAUUUGUCCCCUUUCCCAGGUACUUGCCUUACAAAACUGGCCAGGAACUGGCUAGUAUAAGCAAUGCACAAAGGCCUUCAUAUUUUUGUAGAUGUUAGCUUGUUUGAUGACAUUACUAUUUUUAAUAUUAUAUUUAUAGUAUUGAUUUUGUAUGCAUGUACUCAGGACAGAAUUUACGGUGGUUUUUUUUAUAUAGCUUGAUAUAAAACUGUUUUCAAAAGUGA